AUGCCUUCUUCCCCGACCAAUUCCAGCCACACCGCGCAGCCAUCUCCAGCUGACCUCGAAUCCGACCUCCUCGCGCACCUGGCCUCAACACACGCCCUCGAAGACCUGCACACAAACCUGCUCUCAACACUCCAACGGCUCGGCUGGACCGAGAAAAUCCGGCGAUUGAGUACUGAGCUUCUCCGCGCGAACCGAUGUGAGCGAUUCGACGACGUCGUUGAAGCAGUCGUCGCUUCGGCGCAGGGCCGCUCGCACCCGUUCCUUGUCGAUUCCAACUCCGAUAAUAACACCGGCUCUCGCGCAAACCAUACACACAAUCAUAACGGGGAUGUGGACGGAGUUGAAAGCAACAGUGCGUACUCCAUUGAAAAUGCGGAUUUGCGGAUUCCGAGCGUGGUCGUUGAGCAAGGGGUUCGAGCAAUCAAGGAUAUAUUAAGAGAGGUCGUUAUACUGGAAGAUGAAGGGGAUGGAGCCGGAGAUAGCAGUAGUGCUACUGGGACGGUUAGUAAUAAUGCUGUUGAUGUGGUUGGAGAGACUGCGACGAAACGACAGGGAGAGAAGGUGGUUAAUGGUGAUACAAGCCCGACCAAGAAGGGGGACAAGAAGGCGAAACAGGGGAAGCAGAUAAGAUGA